AUGGCCGCAGAUCGUCUGAGCUCUCUCCUGAGCCACCUCAAGCCCGGCUCCAGCGGCGUCAACGCCAUCACUCAAAAGAACCCGGAUGACGUGGUGAUCACCCUCGCCCUGCGGACACCUCUGACCAAGGCCCGCAAAGGUGGCUUCAAGGACACAGAGCUGGACUACAUCGUGUACGCCCUGCUGAAGGAAACUUUAUCCAAGUCGAAAAUCGACCCUGCGCUGAUCGAGGACGUGUGCCUGGGCAAUGUCAACGACGGCAAGGCCGCCUACAUGGUCCGCGCUGCCGCUUUGGCAGCCGGCAUCCCGCACACCUCGGGUGCCUCGUCCGUCAACCGCUUCUGCUCGUCCGGCCUGAAGGCCGUGCAGGACAUCGCGAACCAGAUCUCGUUGGGCGCCAUCGACAUCGGUGUUGCGCUCGGCGCAGAGCUGAUGUCUGCCGCAGGCGAUCGAUUGGAGCGCCCGUUCAACGAGGAAGUGCUGCGCAACCCGGAGUCGGCCGACUGCAUGCAGCCCAUGGGCCAAACCUCGGAGAACGUCGGUGCCGACUUUGGCAUCUCACGCGAGAUGCAGGACCGCUACGCGGCGGAGUCGUUCCGUCGUGCGGAGGCUGCGCAGAAGGCGGGCUGGUUUGAUGAUGAGAUCGUCCCGAUCACUACCAAGGUCAAGGACCCCAAGACCGGCGAGGUGACGCAGGUCACUCUCACUCGCGAUGACGGCGUUCGCUACGGCACGACCGCCGAGUCUCUGAGCAAGAUCCGGCCUGCGUUCCCGCAGUUCGGUGACCGGACGACUGGUGGCAAUGCCAGCCAGGUGACUGACGGCGCCGCCUCCGUCCUCCUCAUGCGCCGCUCCAAGGCCAUCGAGCUCAACCAACCCAUCCUGGCCAAGUUCUGCGGCGCCACCGUGGCCGGCGUCCCACCGCGCGUGAUGGGCAUCGGCCCAACGGCCGCCAUCCCCAAGCUGCUGAGCAAGUUCAACCUGAGCAAGGACGAUAUUGAAAUCUACGAGAUCAACGAGGCCUUUGCCUCCAUGGCCGUCUACUGCGUCAGCAACCUCGGUCUCGACCACGCCAAGGUCAACCCGCGUGGUGGCGCCAUUGCUCUCGGCCACCCGCUGGGAGCUACCGGAGCGCGCCAGAUUGCUACGAUUCUCAGCGAGGCACGCCGCACGAAGAAGAAGGUUCUUGUCACGAGUAUGUGUAUUGGAACUGGCCAGGGUAUGGCUGGUCUGUUCGUUAACGAGCAAGUGUAA